AUGUUUAGAUUUCUCCUCCUGUGUCAACUUUUUGUUUUCUCUAAGCAAGAAUUUAUCCCAACUGGUCAUCUGCAACCUCUGGGAUCACACAGACCGCCAGAAGGCGCUAUCAAGUCAGUAGAACAUGUACCGACUUCUCAAGAGUUUUACAAUGAAUAUGUUUUGAAAGGACAGCCGGUUAUAUUUAAAGGAGCUGCCAAACUAUCUCCGGGAUUUCAGCUUUGGAGUGAUAGUUAUUUGAGGUAAGCCCCGGAUUUAGUUUUUAUACCCACGACGAGCCUUUAAUAUUACUUUAAAUUUUCAAUCUUAGGGAACUUGUUAUAAAUAUUAACCCGCAAAACCAUCCGAAGCAGAAUUACCAAUGAUCGGCCCCUUUUUUUUUAGUAUUAUUUGCAUAAUAUGUGUCUAAAAAUUGAAAAUAAAAAAUUAAAAUAAAGUGGAUAAUACACUUUUCCUGCCUCUCAUCUCAGGUGGAUAAUUAAGAGGGAAGACACUCUUUUCAGGAAGAAUAAUAUUCGUUUGCCUUCUUUCUAUUAUGCGUAUAAGUUUUCUUUCAAUAACUGAGCAGUAUGUUUUCACUUUUUUGACCUUGAUGUCUGAGACUAAACCAACAUAUUCAUUCGAUAUUCAUUCAAAAAAUGAAGUCACAAUAUUUUGAAAUACACGUUUUCAUGAGUUGUUUUACUCAAAAGUNAAUGAAUAUGUUUUGAAAGGACAGCCGGUUAUAUUUAAAGGAGCUGCCAAACUAUCUCCGGGAUUUCAGCUUUGGAGUGAUAGUUAUUUGAGGUAAGCCCCGGAUUUAGUUUUUAUACCCACGACGAGCCUUUAAUAUUACUUUAAAUUUUCAAUCUUAGGGAACUUGUUAUAAAUAUUAACCCGCAAAACCAUCCGAAGCAGAAUUACCAAUGAUCGGCCCCUUUUUUUUUAGUAUUAUUUGCAUAAUAUGUGUCUAAAAAUUGAAAAUAAAAAAUUAAAAUAAAGUGGAUAAUACACUUUUCCUGCCUCUCAUCUCAGGUGGAUAAUUAAGAGGGAAGACACUCUUUUCAGGAAGAAUAAUAUUCGUUUGCCUUCUUUCUAUUAUGCGUAUAAGUUUUCUUUCAAUAACUGAGCAGUAUGUUUUCACUUUUUUGACCUUGAUGUCUGAGACUAAACCAACAUAUUCAUUCGAUAUUCAUUCAAAAAAUGAAGUCACAAUAUUUUGAAAUACACGUUUUCAUGAGUUGUUUUACUCAAAAGUGGCUCAACAUUAACUUUUGGUUUGAUGAGAUUGAUGCUAUUAGUUAGUUCUAUUUAUGUUUUCAUGUUAUAUUUGCAAAUGAACCUUUUUUUUGGAAAAAAUGUAGGGACAAAAGAAAUCUAAAAUUUUAAUGAACACCUGUUAAUGCUAAUGUGAGUUAAAAGAAUCCGUAUCUAAGACGCAGCAUACUAAUAACAAUAUUUUGCAUUUAGCAUCAGAGAUAUCUAGCUUCAAAGAUAUGUAGAUAAACCCUAUAUCCAUUACGACAAACUUCAACACCUGGCUUGCAACUAAAAUUCACACAAGACCUAAGAAUGACUCUGACAGAUGUUCUUGAUACCCUCACAAGGUAACAGUCAUGUAGAACUUAUGAAUCAUUUAUAGUUGACCAAAAACAUGAGUAAUUUUUUUUGCAACUUGUUAGGGAAAAGUAUGGAGAUGUUAUUGUGAGAGUAGAUUAUGGUAAAAAGGAGAACAGAGCUCGGCCUGCUGAUAACAUUGCACUGAGAGAAUUUUUAUCAAUCUACAAUGAUUCUGAUCGUUACNACAAGGUAACAGUCAUGUAGAACUUAUGAAUCAUUUAUAGUUGACCAAAAACAUGAGUAAUUUUUUUUGCAACUUGUUAGGGAAAAGUAUGGAGAUGUUAUUGUGAGAGUAGAUUAUGGUAAAAAGGAGAACAGAGCUCGGCCUGCUGAUAACAUUGCACUGAGAGAAUUUUUAUCAAUCUACAAUGAUUCUGAUCGUUACCUGGUAGAUACUCUUCCUGAAGAAAUGUGGCCUGAAUUUUCACUUCCUUCCUGUUUGCUGUGUGGGGGAUUUACAUCUAGACUACAGGUAAUAAAGUCCUAAGAGUGAUGAACAUAAAUUGGAUAAAUUUAGGUUUCUGGGAAACUGCACACCUACCCCUCCCCUUAGCCAACAUUAUUACUUACUUCUUACUUAGGGCAAAAUGUUGGCUCAGGCGAGGGGUAGGUGAUCAGUUUCCCGGAAACCUAAAUUGUUCUCAUAAAUUUUCUCCUAACUGUAUUAAUACUUGAUCAAGAGAAAAGGCUAAAAUAAUAAUAUGAUCCCCAAAGGGAAAAUACUUUGAUCCUUUAUCAAAUUCUCUCAAACACAUCUUUGAGAAAAUAGAUGGAGAUCAGUGUGCACGGAGAAUUUGUGUGUGGAUAUUAGGGCUUAAAGAAUGAAGAACUUUUUUAUGAAGAUGUGAUUCUUGCAAAUUGCAUAGGUCAAUUUGACCUCCUUCAAUCCCUAGUUGUGUCUGGAUGCAUGUUUCAUAAAGAAGGGACUCAGGUUUCCUGAUCUAAGCAUUCUGCACGCUUCAUGUGCCUAUGUUUUCUGUUUAUAGGAUGCAGUGCUCUGGUACAGUAGUGGAGGCUCCAAGUCAUUCCUUCAUAUGGACACAGUGGAUAAUAUUAACUGUAUGAUAAGUGGAGUCAAGCAGUGGUUCAUAGUGGAUCUGGUAUGAACCUAACUUAUGUGAAAUUUAUAGGGAAUACUGGACAGUAUAGUCUGAGAAAACAGACAACAUUGUGUGACACCACCACUGGUUUCCUUGACAUGACAUCUGAGGAACAAGCACAAAAAUUUCAUGUUGAGGAUGCAUCACUACCAGGGUGUUCAUUAGGCAUUGGAGAUUGGAGAAUUCACCAUUUACUAUGCAGAAUUCUCUGGCUAAUGGUCAAUAACCUAUGUCUAUUUCUUACUCAAAUGUGGAGCCUCUAAAAAUUUUCUCCUGUAAUGUUACACCUUUCUCCUGCUACUAGAAUCCUUAAAGAAAACCCUGCACUACCCAGAUCUUUGUUGGCUUCUGAUUGGAUGAAGCAAAUUAUCAACCCUUCAGAAGCACCACCCAGAUUAGGGUAGUGACACAUCAUGUCAUUUUGUGGGGAAACCAGUGGUAUUGUCACAAAACAUUGGCUCUUUUCUCAGGAUAUAGACAGUACUGAAGCUAAUAUAGGGAGUUCAACUAUGUUUAAGAUACCGCAAUGGCAAUUUCGCUUUUAUUGGUAACUUCUAGGAACACACCAAGUUAAUUGACAUGGAUCACGGAGAAGGUGAUUAUUGUAGCGUGAAUGUUGACAAAGUGGACAUGUUCAAGUAUCCUAGCUUACAGAACCUACCAUGGUGGUCUGCACGUCUUGAACAAGGAGACUGUAUGUUUAUACCUUAUGGGUGAGUUGGGUCCAGUUUGAAGAGAAUAAGUAAAGGAGGGCCAACUCAAAACAAUGCUCUUUUCCUCAUUUUUGCCUGGGCAUGAAUGAGUUAAAUCAUAGCAACUACGGUGGAAUCUCUCCAAUUUGGGACACCACUAUUGAAGGGACGCCUCCAUUAAAGGGACACAGUAUAUGUCAUCUCUAUUGAAGGGACACCUCCAUUCAGGGGACACAGUAUUGGUCACCUGUAUCGAAUGGACACCUCCAUUCAGGGGACACAGUAUUUGUUACCUCUAUUGAAGGGACAUCUCCAUUCAGGGGACACAGUAUGUGUCAACUCUAUUGACAGUAUGUGUCACCUCUAUUGAAGGGACACCUCCAUUCAGGGGACACAGUAUGUGUCACCUCUGUUGAAGGGAUGCCUCCAUUCAGGGGACACAGUAUGUGUCACCUCUAUUGAAGGGACACCUCCAUUCAGGGGACACAGUAUGUGUCACCUCUAUUGAAGGGACACCUCCAUUCAGGGGACACAGUAUAUGUCACCUCUAUUUAAGGGACACCUCCAUUCAGGGGACACAGUAUUUGUCACCUCUAUUGAAGGGACACCUCUAUUCACGAGAAAGGAACAAGUUUUCUGGGUCCUGAAAGCCGGAUUUAACCUCCAUUCAGAGGACGCUUUAGCCCUCAAAAAGUGACUAACCACAAAAAUCGUUGUUAAGUUUUAGUAUUUACUAGUCAAAAUGGCGACAGCUUUCAAAACAUGAACUGUCUCACUCAAAUUUGAUGCACUGCACCUGUGGGAAUUAACCCCACAACAUCGUAGAGAUAAAUUAAUGAUUUUUCAUACAUUAUCUGGCUACAUGAAGUGUAAUGACUGCAGAAGAUUCCGAGGUAGAAAAAAGAAAAAUAUUUUAUUUGUUGGUUUAUUAUUAACGAACCACCAGCCUAACCUCCAUUCCAGGGACACUUGCCUUGGUCCUGAGGGUGUCCCCUGAAUAGAGGUUCCACUGUGUAACAAAUCCGUAUCCGCUAAAAAUUGUAUGGCCUACGUUAUACUAGGUUUUCUUUCGUCAAUCUCGCACCUCUCCCCCCAGAAAAUGUAAAAUGUAAAAACGUGAAUUUUUGUUCAACUUUGGGCUUGUCUGAAAACGGAGAUCUUUUUCGCCCCCUUUUCUAAAACAUCUGUGUCCACACGUUGCGGUUUUGAAUCAUUUUUUGCUUAUCCACACAAAAACGCAAUAGCCACUGAUAACGGUACCAUCUUUGAAGGGAGCAUGCGCAUUAACUAGCAUAUGAGCCCGUGAUGUAAUCGUUUUCAAAAACCCCCGUUUUCGUACAUCCACAUGAGUACAGCGGCUGGCUGUCGUCGCUUUCCCUGUAGACUUCCUGCUUUACCCGUAGUUCACCUAGUUACUCAAUGGCGUAUCAGGGACUUUGUAAGGAUAUGCUGAACUAAUUUUCCCAAUCGCUUUUCCUUGCAGAUGGGGUCAUCAAGUUACGUCACUCUUUCGUAACAUCGCCGUCAAUAUUUGGUGGACCCCGCUUCAAAGAUUUAAUUCUACUGAUUGUGAAGGUAUCUUGCCGAAGAGAUAAAAAAAUACAAACACAUGAGUGAAAAGUAGUUUAGCGAAUAUAAAUGUAUCAUUGACAGUUUGUCUCAUAUUUGUGUGUUCUUGAUGUUGAGUGAUUUGUGUCGAUGGACAAUUUUGCUCAAUGUUGAUUUUACGGGCCUAAAUAAACGCCACGGGAUGAGACUUCAUCUGAAGGGUGACUGAUGAAGAAAAGACGUUUUAUGUUUUAACUGGAGGCAACUAAAGCUUGUCGAGGUUAUCUUUUCAACGAAACUCUUUUUGUUACAUUUGCGCAUCUCAUUUUGGUUGUGAAAGAAAAUGAAGGUCUUCGCCAGCACUGUCAGCAAAUUGAUUUUAUACUUAUCUUGCUUGUGUUUACAGUUAAUUUAGAAAAUUUGGGUUCAUCUCAGGCAAAGUUGAGUAACUUCAAGUUUACAACAGGAGAGCAAUUAAGGUAUGAAUCGACUACUAGCCAAGAUGUAAAGUGUUACAUCUAGAUUCUUUACCAAACGGAAGACGAAGAUUUUCGAGCAGUUUUAUUUUGUAAGAGCACCUCAAAAAAUAUUGUCUUAUUCCAAAUCUGAAGGUCAGUGCGAUUUUGGAUGCAACUUAGUAUCAAGGGUCUUUUUUUCAUCAUCUACGUCACUCAUCAAAAUAAGUGGUGACGAAGAAGAUGAAAGAAAGAACCCUCAAAACGAGGUUUUUCAAUAGUCCAGUUUCGAAUUCGUCGCGGCCGCCGAAAGAAACACUUUAGACUCACUUAUACAGGGUUAGCCUCGACCAAAGGUAAAUAUAUUCACAAAUUCCAGUCAGAAGAAGACCCAGUGUGUACAACUGUGUCUUUUGUUUUUAACUCACAUGACUUCAGGCACUUUCUCGCCGGUAUUUGCGAAUAUUUUAAUUUAGGUCGAGGCUAACCUUGUACAAAUAAGUCUUCGGCGCUUUUAUUUAGCAGCUACGACGAAUUCGAAACUGGACUAUUGGUCGUUUGCCUGAUGACGUCGUUAGAGCAAGGACGUCUGGUGGUUGUUUUAUGUAAGCGAAGAAUAAUGGUUAGAGCGUGAAGUAAAAAUGGCGGGAAACUGUUUUAAGAACUCGAUUUUGUGCAAAACAGGAACGCUACUUUCAAGUAGGGUUUUUUUGGUUAAACACAUUUAUAGAGGCGGCCAUGCCAUGAUGUGUGAGUCGUGGUUCUUAAGAGACUGAGGCAAAGUAGCGUUUCAGUUUUCCUAUAACAGACCACUAUUUUAAUCGUUGAUUUAUUUGUAUACUUUGAAGGUUCAUGGCUCUUCAAGUUAUCAAAGACAAUGGUGGAUCUGUUUCUUUUGAGACGAUAAAUCCCUUAAUUGUGGUGAGAAACUAACUUGUAGUGCAGCCAAAUACACUUAAUGUUAUAUAUACCUAGGAUCACUGAUAGUGCGGCCAUUUUCAGACUUUUCAAUUCUGUGCCUUACCCCGAGUCUUAGCAAAUUAAACACUUCGUAUAUGUUUUAGCCUGAGAAAACAGCUGACAUUUGUCGACGCCACCACUGGUUUUUCCGCGAAGCGAGCGCAGAAAUUCCAUACUGUUGACGUGUCACUAACCAGAUCUGCGUAGUGCUUCUGAUUGGUCGUGCCGCCUGGGCAAUUUCCUCAACCAAUCAGAAGCACUACGCAGAUCUGGGUAGUAACCCGUCAUCAGUAUGGAAUUUUUGCGCUCAUAGCAGUUUUUUUUUGCGGGAAAACCAGUGGUGACGUAGAGAAAUGUCGGCUGUUUUUUACAGAUUACGUACAGUCGACCCCCGAUAAUUCGAACCUUCGAGGGAAAUAGAAAAAGGUUCGAAUUAUUGGGAGUUCGAGUUAUCUAGGGUAAAAUUAAAUGGCAAAUAAUCUGAAGGGAAUUGAAAAUUACUUCUAGUUAACGGGAGGUUCGAGUUAUAGAGGGCUCGAGUUACCGGUAGUCGAGUGUAUAUAUUUCCGCAUUUGCAAUGCGACUUUUCGUGUUGUCAGUCGUCUUUUCUGCUACCAAACCUUCUCUUUUUUAAAUUUCUCCAGGGUGAACAUACAGGAGAGAGACUCAUAACCGAAAAGGUAAUCAAUUUCUAGAGGUCAUUAAAGUUUUGAAACUUCGACGACUACGGCAGCGAAAACGCUACUUUUAUUCAUGCAGUUUAACUAAUAUUUAGUACCUUUCUUCAACUGGUUAAAUGUUAGCGAAUUUUCCUCGGGGUGAUUUCCUACGGAAUCCAAUGACUAUAUCCAAGUCCAGUAAAAGAAAAGGAAAAUCGUCUUCUUGUGUUUACGUCCUCCAUAAACGUGAUAUUAGAGAGAUUAAGAUUCACGUUUACGCCAAAUGGCAGACAUGAAUUUGUACCACGUGACCAAGUUUUCCCCUUAUUCUCCGUUCACUCUUUAUUGCUUCUACACAAAAAUAAGUAGUUUUAUGCCAGUUUUAACCAUAGGAAUCGUUUGGGACUGCUUUUAUCUGCUUAUUUUAUAUUCUGAGAAAUUCUCAACUUGAUUCUGACGUCUGCCGUUUGCUGUUUGGUUAGCUGUUAGGAAAUUUGACGUGGUAGUCAUGCGGUAACAUCAAGAAAUGUACUAGAAAGUGUGCUCCACGUGCAGUGUUGUUGUCUCAGUCAUUGAGCCUGUUUUGCUUUUUUGACCUUCUCAUUUCCGUCAAUCUAAGGAUUUUCUACUCGUGGGCAGUUUGCUCUCUGUCUAAACAUCAAACCAAGAUGGCAACUUUUUCAACUCUGCAAUCAAUUUCGAAGUGGGAGCAACAUUUUAUGAAUUCAAACGUAGUUAAAAGGGUAAAAAUAUUGAGGAAAACGCACAAAACAUUCGGGUUGAGAUAUUUGUUGUAAAACCAGGUUCUGAACUGAACCGACUAUGCGAUCAAACUUAGGACCAUUUUACCUUUCUGGGAAACUGCCCACCUACCCCUCCCGUAAGCUAACAUUUUGCCGUAAGUGAGAAGUAUGUAUUAAUGUUGGCUUAGGGGAGGGGUUGGUUUGCAGUUUCCCAGAAGGGUAAAAUAAUUCCAAAUUUAUACCAAGCCAAUUUUAAGUUUUGGUUUUGUAUUGUCUCCCAGCGGUUUGCAAUGCUCGACAAAGACCAGGAUGGUGUUCUGACAGAGGAUGACGUUAUGUCUGUACCUGCUGACGUAGUAGACGAAGCAUUUGGCCAAACACCUCCGGGAGAGGUAAAGUGUCUGGAUCAUCAUACGUUUCUGGGAAACUGCUCACCUACCCCUCCCCUAAGCCGACAGUUUGCUCUAAGUAAGAAGUAAGUGUUGAUGUUGGCUUAGGGUAGGGGUAGGUGGACAGUUUCCCAGAACGUAUAAUCAUGAGACUUGAAACUACCUUUAGCAGAACUGAAAAGAGAUAGGGUGAGAUGAUGGUGUGCUUCAUGUGGCACGCACGAAAUUUUCGAGUGGCAAAAUCUCACUAUAACUAUCGUUGAAAUAACAACGAUAAUGACGAAAUCAACCAUUUAGUCUUUGAAACAGAAAAACGGUGGCCUGAAGAGUCAACUGUCUUACCUCCUUUUUCUUACGACACUUUUUUUUCCUUUACAUUUUAUUUUGUGAAUCUACCUGGUUAUUUUUAUUUAUUUAUUUAUUUUUACACAACCCGCCUCGAAUAGCCUUUGCUACUUGCGGGUUGUGUUUUGAUUUAUUUUGUAACAAGGAUUUUGAAAUAAAAUAAAGUUUAAAAAAAAAGUGAAAAGUAGAACUCUUAGUGGCCUGCGUAGCAGGCGCGUGGAAGUAGUAGGUGAAAGAGAGAACGGGCGCGCGCGAGGGAGACACACGUGUCUCCUUCUCGCGCGCCCGUUUUUUCUUGUGCCCACUACUUCCAAGCGCCUGCUACGCAGGCUAUCCUCUUAGGCCUGGUUCAGACGCCGUACUUUUCAUGUGCCGAACCUAACUGAAUAAGUUCGACUUUGGAGCGACACUGGCACGACAUCUGAUUCAGACAGCGCACCGUGUGACGGAACCUAAGUUAAGUUCGAAAAAAGUUCGACAGAGUUUGUCGAACUUUUGCCGCACCUAACUAAAAGUUGAUUCAGACGCUGCUCUUCUGCGAUACUUAAUUCAUCAGUUAGGUUCGGCACAUGAGUGGAGCAGCGUCUGAACCAGGCCUUAGACCCCGUUUACACUGGUUUGGACAAGUUUUUGAACGGACAAAAACUGGCACGGACCCGUCUUUCGUUUACACGGGACACGCGGAACCGUGCAAGUAUUGAACGGCAAACAGUACUGUAAUCUGUUGCAGAAUUUGCGAGGUUCCGUGUAAACUGGUUGCAAAGUAAAAAACUCGUCCGUUUUAAAAUUUGACCGGACCCGUGGUCUUAUUUCCAGAACCGAACACAAGCGAAUUUUUCAAAUUUCUUGUUAUCUUGCGAUCUUAGUAAAUUUCGUAAGUUUGCUAAAGGUUUGGCCAGGACUUCCCGUAUGACCCCUUCGUUUUGUUUUCCCUUUUUUUUUUAUUUAAUAAAAUUUUCAUCCGAACUUACUUUUUAUGCCGGUUAACUUGAAAGCUACAAUGUAAAUGUAUUUAUCAUGGGUUAUGUAACCUUUUCUUUGGGGUGUUACAUGGUAUGCUGUUCUGUUGCUUCAUUAGCGGUAGGCUAUAUAUUUGAGUUGUUCUCAUUUAUAUUCAUUCGCGUCUUACGACCGUCCCUACGCCCUCAAAAUUAUGUCCGAUGUUGAAGACGUUACUCCAGCGAGCACAGAUUUUCCUGGCAGCGACGUUUUGCUGCCUUCGCUCCCUAAACAACCUUUGUCUCAACCUCUCGAAGCUUCAGUACCAAUCCAGUCUUCAGAAUCCAGUGAUAUAGCGUCCGCGUUCUCUCUAUUUAAGGAUUAUUUCGACAAGAAGUUGGGCGCCUUGAAGCGCGAUAUUCAAGACGAGUCGUGCAGUAAUACCGAUUCUGUGGCCAAAAAGCUUAAAGAAGAAUCCAAGAUCACGUUUAGAUUCGAAGGUAAUAAGAAACAGUUUCAAUUCAACUCCGACCUUGCAGAGAAGGUGAAGUCGGCGUCAGUUGCUCUCGGGAAGAGAAAAUUAGACCUUGUUAAAACUCACCUGGAAGAACUAGACUCUGACAUCAAGAAGCGCAACAAACUUAUCAGACUGGCAGACAAGUCCGCCGCCGGUUGGGAUUUGGUGAACGAGUAUUUAUCAGACGAGCUGGCUAGCGGGUCAGAGGACGAAAAGCGUAUCCGCCGUGCCGAGCAGAGGGCCCUUCGUAAACGCAACCAACGCCAACAGAAAGCGAAGCCAUCCAAGCAAGGUUAUUCACAACUCCAAUCAUCUACCGCAACCACCGCGUUUGCUGGCCAACAUUCAUCAUCCUCCAGACCUAUUUCUCGUACUUUUGGCGCUUUCAGCAAACCAAGAUCAAGUGAUAUUUGUUUCGCCUGCGGCCAGCAAGGUCAUUGGAGAUCUCAGUGUCAAGUUAAUCCUCAAGCCAGAUCUUCAAGCUCGGGGCCGUCCUUUCCUAGUUCUUCUGGUCUUUCGGGCAUUGGAGGUAAAUAGGACCACAGAAUUAAAAACUUGUUCUCCAAGGUUAGAUAUUAGCUUUACUCAAUUUAUUAGACAUGUAUCCUUCUUAUUUGGAGUAUUUCAGGGAAAGGGACUCUAGUUCAUUAGUCGAUUUCGAUUAUGAUCGUAAUCUAUUUGAAUUUGAACAGAAUUCCGCAUUGCCAGUACUUAAGGGUAGACUUAGGUCCUGUUUAAGUUAUUGGCACACUAUUGGUGCCAAUAGUUUUGUCAUCGAUACUAUUAAAUUCGGUUAUCGGAUCCCAUUCAUUAGCACACCUUGUCAGGCGCGUUUUUCUAACAAUCAGUCAGCUCUUAAUAAUGCGUCUUUCGUGGAGUCGGCUAUCGCUGAAUUAGUCCACACUCACGCCGUCGUUGAGGUGCCCUUUAUUCCACAUGUCGUUAAUCCACUCUCUGUCUCGAUACAGUCUUCAGGCAAGAAGAGGCUUAUUCUGGACUUACGUCAUGUCAAUCAUUUUAUUUGGAAACAGAAGUUUAGGUGUGAAGAUUGGAGAGUUUUAUUAUCAUAUGUUAAUAAGGGCGAUUACCUUUUCAGUUUCGAUCUCAAGUCUGGAUAUCAUCAUAUCGAUAUUUUUCCGGAUCACCAAACUUUUCUGGGUUUCUCCUGGGUUUUUUCUGGUACCGUUCGGUAUUUUUGUUUUGCAUCACUUCCGUUCGGUCUAAGCUCAGCCCCAUACGUCUUCACCAAGUGUCUCAGACCACUCGUUAAGUUUUGGAGGUCUAACGGGAUUAAAAUUGUUGUGUUCCUCGACGAUGGGUGCGGAAAAGGGGAUUCACUGCCUAUGGCCAAGGAAAAUUCAUUGUUUGUGCAAUCAUCCUUAAGCAGUGCGGGGUUUGUUGCCAACUCCGCCAAAUCACUAUGGAACCCCACUCAGGUGCUUGUUUGGUUGGGUUUAAACUGGGACUUAGUUAUCGGUACCAUUUCUAUUACCGAUAGACGUAUUUGCAAAUUUAUCGCUCUGAUUGACAAAUUUCUUCUAUCCGCACCUUAUGUUACGGCUCGGGAUUGUGCCGUUAUCGCAGGUCAUGUUAUGUCCAUGUCGCCAGUUUUGGGUAACCUGACUCGUCUCAAAACCCGUUUUCUUUACAAGGUCAUAGAAUCCCGCCGUAGUUGGGAUUCCCGUUUUAAUAUCGGGCUUCAUAAUGAUUGCCUCUCUGAAAUAUUUUUCUGGAAAAACAAUAUCGUUAGUCUUAAUACGAGACCUAUUUUGCCUUAUAAUGCUCCCCUUUUGUUUAGCUAUUCGGACGCUAGCAACGUCGCCUGCGGGGCUUUUGUUGUGGGCACUAAUGAGGUGUCCCAUCGUAUGUGGACUGCUUGCGAAGCAGCUAAGAGCUCUACCUGGAGAGAACUUAAGGCUAUACAAUUUGCCUUAAGUGCGUUCAAAGCCUCGGUUCGGGGUAAGUGUGUAAAGUGGCAUUCUGACAGCCAAGGGGCCGUUCGUGUUGUGGAGAUAGGGAGUCCUAGUGCAGAAUUGCAUUCUAUUGCGCUUGAUAUUUUCUAUUUUUGUCGAACUUACAAUAUUACACUUAUUCCCCAGUGGGUUCCCAGGGAACUUAAUGCUUGUGCUGAUGCGAUUAGCCACAUUGUAGACUUCGAUGACUGGUAUACAACCCCCGAGUUCUUCGCACACUUGGACCACCUUUGGGGCCCACAUACAGUCGACAGGUUUGCGAAUGCUGCCAACGCCCAUCUUCCCAGAUUCAAUUCUAGGUUUCGCGUGCCCGGCACUGAAGCUGUUGACGCAUUUUCAAUCUCGUGGAAUGGAGAGAAUAAUUGGCUAGUCCCUCCCGUCCACUGCAUUACUAGGGCGGUUCAGCAUCUCCUUGUAUGCGGUGCGGUUGGUACUUUAGUCGUCCCUUAUUGGCCGUCUAAUGUGUUUUGGCCUUUCUUGUUCGCAAAUGCUGUUCAAUUCCAACCGUACGUCCUUGAGUACAUUCAUUUUCCCGACCCCUCAGGGAUUUUUGCCCUUGGGUGUUACAAAGAUUCACUCAUUGGUUCAGACAGGUUUAACAGCGCGGUGCUGGCAGUCAGAAUUGGCGCUAAGGGGCCUUAGUUUUUUCAAGCCGAGUGGCUUUAUGUUGGCUCACGUGUUUUUUAUUCCGCUCGUCGGUUCAUUUGUCCUCGUUUCGCAUGAAACUAGCUCGCCGAGUGGCUUGUUUACCGUCGUUUUUGAGUUGGCCCAUUCGGCCUUAAAUAGUUUUGCAUCCGGUCAGAGGCAUUACCAAGCGUCCAUUUUUUAUUGCUGUAUUGACUCCCAGUGCGUGUACUGAGGAAUUUUGCCAUAUAUUUUUGUUCUUAUCCUCGUAGAAGUUCUCAAAGAUGCCUUGCAGCCUAAUUUUCAACAGGUUGAAGACGGGCGACUCCGGGCACUGGUUCAAGAUCUCCCCGCAGUUCUUCUUAAAUCCAAAGCCGACAGUACCGCGAGGAAGUACGAAAAGGGCUUCAAUACGUGGAGAAAAUGGGCUUCUCAGUUUAAAGAAAUUGUUAUAUUUCCCGCUUCUAGUGUGCACGUUUCAUUGUUCUUUCUUAGCUUGAUUCAAGAAUCUGCUUCUUGCAGUACUAUUGACGAAGUCCAUUAUGGGCUCAAGUGGGUGCAUGAUUUGGCAGGUCUACCCGACCCCUGUAAUUCCUCGUUAGUUUUACCUUUAAUAGAAUCUGCUAAGAGGCUUCUCAGUAUCCCUGUUAAAAAGAAAGAGCCUGUGACCCCCGAGGCUAUUCAGCUUUUAUUUUCUAAGUAUGGAUCGUCUUCAGCUAGUUUGUCUGAUUUACGAGUGCUUACUUUGUGCGUUUUAGGUUAUGCAGGGUUUUUUCGCUUUAACGAGUUGGUUCAGUUACGCAGGUGUGAUUUUCAGUUUGAAGAUUCUUUUAUGAGAAUCUUUGUUCAUCGAAGUAAGACUGACGUUUACAGGGAUGGGGCUUGGGUUGUUAUCGCUAAAACUUUCAAGCAUACAUGUCCUUAUUUAUUAGUUCAACGAUAUUUUGUGGCCGCUUCUUUUUCAGCAGACAGCGAAGAGUUCAUUUUUCGCCCUCUUGUUUUUCUUCGCAGUACCGGAGCUUAUAAAUUGCGCGGGUCUGUUCCUUUGUCUUAUACUAGAGCGCGGGAGAUAGUGCUUAGCGCUUUCGAUUCCAUCGGCCUUCCCAAGCAAGACUACGGUCUCCAUAGCCUUAGGGCCGGAGGCGCCUCCGCUGCUGCUAAUGCUCGAGUGCCUGACAGAUUGUUUAAAAGACACGGCCGUUGGAAAUCAGACAAGGCAAAAGACGGUUACAUUAAGGAUAGUGUUCAUUCAUUGUUGUCGGUUUCACUAUCACUGGGUAUUUAAUUUUCCGUAUUUCCCGUUCUUUUAGUUCGCACACGGCUCGUGUUGACACACCCCAAUUGAGGUUGCUUGUUACAUGAUAAUUGUUUUAUAUUCGUUUGAGCGGGGUAGCGAAUUAGAAUAUAAAUGUAUUUAUCAUGGGUUAUGUAACCUUUUCUUUGGGGUGUUACAUGGUAUGCUGUUCUGUUGCUUCAUUAGCGGUAGGCUAUAUAUUUGAGUUGUUCUCAUUUAUAUUCAUUCGCGUCUUACGACCGUCCCUACGCCCACAAAAUUAAAUACCCAGUGACCAGGGGUUUCUCUUAGACGUAGUUUUUUGCAUGCUGCUAUAUGAAAAGUUUAGCACGUUUUGUAUGAAUCAUUGUUAUACGAGCAUAGUUUAGAUCAUUUUGUUGGGUUGUUUUUCUUGCUGUAAUUUUUUACAUUUCCGAGUUUUCAUUCUGUUUGUUGUAUUAUUUCCAUCCAUUCUGUUGAUGAAGGCAUAAUAAAGAGGGUCGCACACGGCUCGUGUUGACACACCCCAAUUGAGGUUGCUUGUUACAUGAUAAAUGUUUUAUAUUCGUUUGAGCGGGGUAGCGAAUUAGAAUAUAAUAGUAUAUCUUAUUUAAAGUAUCCUCAUAUCUUCUGUUGAUUUAUCACCUAAGCGCGGUCCGAAACUUACAGUAUGGACUGAGAAAACCAGGUCAGUAAUGAGAGGUACAUGCGCAGUAGACGUCAUUUUUGAGGUGCUUUUGAAUUUUUUUUUUCAGGUAAAUAUCCGCGGUCAAUCUCGGCACAGUGACCCCGAAGUGACAUCUUUGUUGGCGUCCAUCGGAGUACAGCCAGCUAUUGUUGAAGAAUUUAUGUUAAGAGACGAUAAAACACUUGAGGACUACGAAAGGUUUCUUUCGUAUUUUUCUGAUCCGACGAAUGACCACUCUGAUCUUUUACAUGACGAAGUCAGAAAGUUCAUAGAGGAGAGGAUUAAUGAACUCACCAUAAACAGUGGCCAAAAGAAGGAUUCACAGCAUGACCAUCGGGAGUUAUAA